AUACAUCUACUUUUGAAUCGUUUAUUCUCUGUAAUAGACUAUUGAGAAAUUAAGUAUUGUGGUUUUUAGAACACCAGUUGGCCUAGGUCUCUGGGCAAUCACAAUCUACAAGCAAUUUAUGUAGUGAAUUAUGGGUAGGUCUACUGUUCAUUUUCAUUUGACAAAUCCUCUCUCAGUUGACCGAGUUCUGUUACCUACCAUUGGCAAAAAUUGUUUUACAGACAUAGACUAUCAUUAGAUAAGGAUAAAGAGCAGUAUUCAAUCUCUGUAUUGGCCAGUGUUUUCAAAAUCUAAACAGAUUAUCGGGUCUCUGUUAUAUUCAUUUUUAGUGCUUCUUUCACUACUCACUCACACCAGUUAGCUAGGCAGAGUGCAUCUGAUUGACAUUUGUUUUCCAAAUGCGUAAACUAUAGGACCUACGAGUUGUGUGAGCAUAGCGUGUCAUCUGAGCACAGCAUAAUUCUGUUCGCCUCCUGUGUGACAAGCGAAGUAACAACAGUACGGAGACACCCGGAAGGUGCUGCAGAGGCAAGACAGAACGACAAUGAACCGCUUCAAGACCUCGAAAUUCAAAAAUACCACCCCUAAAAUCCCUAAGAAAGAUUGCUGGAUUGGUGGUGUGCGGGCUGGGUCCAAUAAUGUUCAAGGAAACCUCAUCAAAUCCAGCUGUAACUUUGUUGCUUUCAACCCAGAGCAUGGCGGUGGUGGAAUGGUGGGCCUGGCGUCUCACGAGGCUGCUGCUGAUGGGAAGUGGCCAGUGACUUAUAUGUCCUGCCAUGCUGACCAAGUAACAGAUCUGGACUUCUCAUCAUUUGACAAUGAGCUCCUGGCAACAUGUUCUGCAGAUGAAACAGUAAAGCUGUGGCGUGUGUGUGGCGUGGAGGAGCAGGUUGCGGAGCCUGAGGUGACUCUGAACCCAGGUGAAGGACGACUAGAGCUGGUGCUCUUCCACCCCUCUGCUGGAGGUCUACUGGCAGUAAGCUCCAGUCGAGCUGUGCAGAUAUGGGAUAUUACCCGAGAUUCAGCCUUGGCAGUUUUGGAGCAGCAUCCUGAUCACCUGCAAAGUUUCUCCUGGAAACAAGAUGGCUCUUUACUGGCAACUUCUUGUAAAGAUAAAAAGCUGCGCAUCUUUGACCCGAGAGCUCAGUUGACCACUGUGCAGAGUGUUUCAGGCCUGCAGAAUAACAGGGACUCCCGCGUCCUGUGGGUUAGAGAUGACUGCUUCCUGAGCACAGGGUUCAACCAGGUCCGGCAGCAGGAGGUGAGACUGUGGGACAGCAGAAAGCUGAGUUCCUCUCUGAGUUCUGUGUCCUUGGGCACCUCCACAGGAAUUCUGAUGCCCUUGUUUGACCAAGACUCUGGCCUUCUAGUGGUGGCGGGAAAGGGGGACUCAGUUAUUGACUGCUAUGAGGUUUCAUCUGUAGAGCCCUUCCUGCCACAAGUGAGUCAUUGCCUGACUGAGUCCUCCAACCGCAGCGUUGCUUUGGUCCCCAAACUGGCCUUGGAUGUUGGCUCCUGUGAGGUUAUGCGUGUGCUGCAACUGACAGAGAACUUCAUUGUGCCCAUCAGCUACCAUGUGCCACGCAAGGCUGGACAGGACUUCCAUGCUGACCUGUACCCUGACACCAUGGGACAGACAGCAGCCAUGACCGCAGGGGAGUGGUGGGGUGGAGAGAACAAACAGGUGGAGAAGGUCAGCCUUCAUCCAGACAAGCGGCCCAAAUCCAGCACCAAAACAGCCAGUCGGCAACCAGCUCCACCACUGGCAGAGCAAAAGAGCAAAGAGAAGUCUGUCUCCAGCAGUGAGCUGAGUUCAGGCAGUUCAAGCAUGGCUCCGUCCCGCUCGCCCUCCUCCACCAGUGGCCUGUCCUCCAGCUGCCUGCCCAGCCCCUCCUCCACUGCCAGCUCUCGCCAGCUGCAGAGCAUGCUGGGUCCAAGCUCUAAGUUCCGACACAUCCAGGGAAAUGUUCAGCACCGUGACACACACAUUACCAACCUGCGUGGGAUCAACCUCACUACACCAGGAGAGUGUGAUGGCUUCUGCUCUAGUAGCCGUCAUGUGGCAGUACCCCUGGCCAUCGCUGGAGGACAGAUUGCUGUGUUUGAGCCGUCUCAGCCAGGGAAGCUUCCUGACACAGCCCUGCCUACUAUUCAGAACUCAGUCAGUGUGGCUGACUUCUGCUGGGACCCCUUCAACCCCCAUAGACUAGCUGUUGCUGGAGACGAUGCCAAGAUUCGCAUGUGGCUUGUGCCUGAGGGGGGUCUCACUGAAACUCUGACGGAACCUGAGUGUGUGCUCCAGGGUCACACAGAGAAGAUCUACUCUAUUAAGUUCCACCCUCAUGCCUCUGGCCUGCUGGCCUCCUCCUCUUAUGACCUUACUGUGCGUCUGUGGGACCUACAGUCAGAGAAGGAAGUUAAGAAACUGAAGGGACACGAGGACCAGAUCUUUGGGAUGGCUUGGAGUCCAGAUGGCAAGCUGCUGGCCACAGUGUGCAAAGAUGGGAAGGUCCGUGUGUAUGACCCGCGCAAGUCUGAUCAGCCCAUUCAGGAGGGGCCAGGGCCUGAGGGCCACAGAGGGGCUCGUAUUGUCUGGGUAUUUGAGGGAAAAUAUCUGUUGGUGUCUGGAUUUGACAGUCGCAGUGAGCGGCAGCUGUACCUGAUAUCCGCUGAGGCUGUGUGCGCAGGGCCCGUGGGUAACGUCUCUGCAGAUGUGUCCCCCUCUACCCUCAUCCCCUUUUAUGAUCCUGACACCAGCGUCGUCUUCCUCACUGGCAAGGGUGAUACUCGUGUCUUCAGCUAUGACAUUGUGCCAGAAGAGCCCUAUUUCCUGGAGUGCAGCAGCUUCAAUUCCUCUGAGCCACACAAGGGUUUCUCUUUCCUUCCAAAAACCUUGUGUGAUGUGAGAGAUGUAGAGGUUGCUCGUGCUCUGCGUCUGAGCAAGACCUCCAUAGAGCCCGUCGCCUUCAGGGUCCCACGUGUUAGGAAAGAGUUUUUCCAAGAUGAUGUGUUCCCUGAGACAGCCAUUUGGUGGGAAACCUCUCUCUCUGCUGCCUCUUGGCUCUCUGGGUCCAACAGCCAGCACCGCAAAAUCAGCCUGCAGCCUAAAGAUAUGACCCCUGUGAGUGAAGCGCCAAAAGAAGCUCCAGUGCGCAAAUACCUGCCCUCUUCAGUCUAUCUGGAAGAGAAAACCGAUGAGCAGAAAAAAGAUGAGUUGCUCAGUGCCAUGGUGGCAAAGCUUGGAAAUCUGGAUGAGAAUCCACUGCCACAAGAAUCCUUUGAGGGUGUGGAUGAAGAUGAAUGGGAUGAUUAGGACUGAAAUCUGGACCAGUUCCGACGCAACAACGCGAGCUGCUGCCAGUUUUCCAAUUUGCCAGUUCAGAGUGCCAAUCAACAUGGACAUACCCUUAUCCUCACAAACACACACACACUCACAAAUUCAGUUUUACACAGAAACACUCCCUUUAUGGCUUCUUUCGUCUGUUGCUGUUGAAUUAUCUCCUCCUUGGACUCUGGCUCAGCCUGUCUUAUAGCCCAUCAGUAUGGAAUGCUUCCAUCAGUCUUAAGCAGAUAACAUGAUGUAGCACACACAUUGUUACAUGACACAUGUGCGCACAAAACGUACACAAACUCACUCUUUUUUCUCUCUCUCUCUCUCUCUCUCUCUCUCUAUGUCUCUCUAUCUCUCUGUCACACACAGACACACACACACACAUUUGAAUUUCAGUGUUAGUAGUUGGGUAUUAAAUGCAAGCAGAAACGAUAUAGAAAUGUAUUGUAAGAUUAUUGAGAUGGUAAUUUUAAGCAAUGAAUCCAGACUAUUGUGGCUACUUCUAAUGUUUUGUGAAUAGAACAAAGGCCAUGAAACUGUCGGACUGUUAAACACAUGUGAUGGUGGGUUAAAUAGUGGUGCUUGCUUCCUAUUGGCCCAGAUUCUCAUUCAGGGCCAUUCUUUUUCCUUGCACUGACCCUGAAAGAGUUUUGAUAAUCAUUAGAUGUAACUUUAGAUGAACUAUAGGCUAUAGUUGUAGUAUUACUUAAUGCCAGUCUGUUCUUUGGGUUUUGUUCAGAACAUUCCAUGAAUCUGUUUUUUUUUUCUUCAUUUCUGGAAUUCUUUUUUCAGUGUCUAUUUCAAAUUAUUGAAUGUCUCUCAUUUUUGACAAAAAAUAAUCAUGUUUUCUUAAUGAAAUGUUGGAUAUACGAUCUUGUAUGGUGUGGUUCAGUUGGGUAUGUGGUGUCUUCUGUGUCUUCGGUUCAGUGACCAAGUGUAGGCUACUUCCCAUAAUACUACACAUCACUGAUCUUGAGCUUAGGUUUCCACACCACUUUGUGUCUUGUAGGAUGACUAAUGAGAAGAUAAAAAAACGUAUUUUGGGAAAAAGUGCAUUUUGAUCAACAUUGUAAACAGUCUUGAUGGAAUGUUGCCUUGCAAUAAAAUGUAUUUUGACAAAAAAAAAA